GAGAGAGAGAGAGAGAGAGAGAGAGAGAGAGAGGGUGUGUGAAUACUUGUUUAGUUUCAACCCAAACGUCGCUGACUGCAUUCUUUUCUUCGCGUGUGGCGCGAGCAGAGCAUCGGAGAGAGAGGGACACAGAGAGAGAGAGUGAGAGAGACAUACAUAGGCUACAGAGACAGCGAAAUUAGAGAGUCCCAGAAGAAGCUGAAACUUCACUGCAGACGCUCCAGCACAGACCCCUCCAUGCCCGAGCCGGGAGCUACUCCGCGGCGGAGCCCGCAGGGAGUCCCCUACACCGACCUCCAGCACAUCGUCAACGCCGACGGACUGCACCUGUUCUGCCGUUACUGGGAGCCCGCCGGCCCGCCAAGGGCUCUGGUGUUUAUUGCCCACGGGGCCGGGGAGCAUUGUGGGCCGUAUGACGAGAUUGCACAGAGACUGAAGGAACUGUCCCUGUUGGUAUUUGCACACGACCACGUUGGCCAUGGUCAGAGUGAAGGAGACAGGAUGAACAUCAAAGACUUCCAGGUUUACAUCAGAGACUCCCUGCAGCACGUUGACCUGAUGAAGUCGCGCCACCCAGACCUGCCCGUCUUCAUCGUGGGUCACUCCAUGGGUGGUGCUAUCUCCAUCCUGACGGCUUGUGAGAGGCCCAGUGAUUUUGCUGGAGUGGUUCUGAUAGCUCCGAUGGUCCAGAUGAACCCGGACUCGGCCACACCGUUCAAGGUUUUUCUGGCGAAGGUCCUGAACCACAUGGCGCCCAGCCUCACUCUGGGCUCCAUCGAUUCCAAAUGGAUCUCACGAGACAAGAAGCAGGUGGAGGCGUAUGAAGCUGAUGAGCUGAACUUCCACGGUGGCAUGCGGGUGUCAUUCGGCAUGCAGCUGAUGGGGGCAGCGGCGCGCAUCGAGAGGGAGAUCCCAUCCAUCAGCUGGCCCUUCCUGCUCCUGCACGGCGACGACGACAAGCUCUGCGACAUCAGAGGCUCCAAGAUGAUGUAUGAGAACGCUCCGAUCUCAGACAAGAAUAUCAAGGUCUACGAGGGAGGCUACCACGCCCUUCACCACGACCUACCAGAGGUGGCUGAGUCCGUGCUGAAGGAGGUGACCAGCUGGAUCACAGAGCGCAUUCCCGCUACUACAUCACCAUAACCGCAACCCCUCCUAGAAAAGUGACUUUGACAACCCAUUCAACGCUCCAACCUAGUCCCAAGAGGCCUGCUCAUUUUCCAGUAGUCCGUCGGGCGUAACAAUACUACUUCUACUACUAUUACUACUACUAGUACUACACUCUCUGGUCUGGGAAAUACAUUUUCUCAGUAUAAAAAGUUUACUGACGUUAUCCUCCAGGCACAUACUGUACGAAAAAGAAUAUUUCCACAUCCCCUGUGUAUCUAUCAAUCAGCCCAAGUUACACUGAGUUAAAUUGGUUUAUGGGGUCAGAAACUACUUCUUCUUGGAGAAACUCAGUAACAGUGAGUGCAUUAGACCAUAUUGAGGUGCAGCUCAAGUUAAGUCAAGUUUAAGCUAUAUUAUCCUGGGGUUUGAAGUGCAAUAAUGAAGUUUCCUCCUCCUCAUUUACAGACACAAGCCAGAUACGUUAAGAAGUAAGGACAAAUGUAAUAUAAUAUAUAUUAUUAAUCCGCACAGUCACAUUUUUAUUUUUGCUCAUCCACCCUUAACAGACAGGUCAGAGGUCAGGAUCAGCUGGAGAACAGCACAUUUGGAGCUGCUGUGGUUUCAUUGCUGAGUGAAUACUCAGUGGCUAGUUCCUCACACUGCUUCACUUUCUUCUCGGUGUCAACAGAUAUGUAACACCAGUGGACACAGUACAGGUUUUCUGGGAGACAGUUUUGUUAGUGCUUUCUUAGAAGCAGUCUUCCAAUUCGGUAGCUCAGGAGAAACUGUCAUCUUCUCAGAAAACAUCCGCAAAAUUUUCUCUAUCCCUUCCUUGAUUACACUGUUUUAAAAGUAAUUUAAAAAAAAAAAAAACACUGUUGAAAUUUCUAGAGUCACUCAGAAACUUAAACUGUAAGCACAUGUGAUUGGGUGCAUGUACAACAACAAAUCUUCUUUUCUCCUGACUUUUUCUGCAUCCUUCCUUGUUCUUUGGCCCAAAGACGGAUGCUUGGCACCAAUACAUUACUUAUGAAGAUUGGUGUCAUCCAUCCAUUUAAAUCUAGUCCUAAUAUAUUAAUUUGGCAUGUUGUUUGAAGUGAAUUGAAAGAUGGAUCCUGGCAAAAUAUUUCAAGUCUAAAGUGAGGAUUUACAACCAAAGGAUUAUUUCCCCCACCACCUCCAUUGAUUAACCGAGUGACCAAUGGACACUACACUUCUUUCAGUGAGCCAGUUAGGAGUGUAGGAACAUGAAGAGGAGGCAGAUUAACCAGGUGAAGCUGCUCUCUCUCUGCAUGUGGGAAAUAGAGGAAAAGAGCAAAGUUCAAAAGGCCCCCCAUGUGACUUUUGACCUUUUAAGGUCACAGUUGAUUUUGGGUCAUUUAUUCUGCAGCUAUAAAUUUAUUAAGCUCAGACUGCAGUUGAGGGGCCAGCUAGAAAACGAAAGGGAUCCAUCGCUCUGUUACUAAUAACAAAAGGGUAGAUUUUCUCUUUCCACUCAGCAUCUGUCAUUUGGUGGAUACUUUUAUCCAAAUCACAUUUAAAUGAUAUGAAUGUAUGUAUUUCUUGAGUGGGUGGCCACAGUGAGAAUCCAAUCCUCUCAGGACAGUGCUGUAGUCAUACUUCCAUUGAUAUGCAGUAUGUUCUAGAAUAGAUUCCAGACAAUGUGAUAACAAAAGUGAUAUCACUGAAAAUAAAACUUCUGGCUUCAAAAACACAAUUGAAUAUUGUACCUAAACCGUAAUCUAGUAUAUAGUCCAAACAUUAAUGUUUUCAAAUUAUAGAGAAAUUAGCUUUCUACAAUGAAAAACUCUCUCUGUAGACUGAUUUCAGUAUUGGGACAUCUAUAUUUCUCUAUCAGAAUUUUAAGCCUUUUAAACAGCUUUCAUAUCCUCAUGUUGGAAAAAGAAUAUAGAGCAAUUCUUUUUUUUAAACAAAUAACUAAAAUUCAACUAAAAAAAAAUUAAUAAAAAACUAACACGAAUGGUGUGGCUUAGGCUUUUUAAUCAUCUAAAUCCCAUCUACAGUACAAGGAGUAAAGCAGUCAAUCUAACAUUUCCCCUUUCCUUUUCUGUGUUCCCAAAGUAUAAACCUGUCACUUCUUAGUGUUUGCAGCAGUGUGCAGUACUUUAAGUCAGCCCUGGCUUAAAAUAGGUUUUCAAAGAAACCAUAGCAAUAAUGUCACAGUAGCCUAUAUUUUUGAUAGCCAUUAAUUAUAAGCUGUACAGACCGUUUAAUAUUGUCAGGUAGACUGUAAUUAGCAGGUAUUGUUACGCCCGCUAAGCUUUUUCCACCUAUUCAGCAAGCAUUUCAGCAGAGUCAAGAGUUUUAAAGUUGCACGUGUUCGUCAAUUCACAACAUCAAACAGUGAAAGGGAGCAAGCAUUUUGCUUGUUGAGAUCAUGCAUGUCGUGUAGGUAUUACAUAUUUUGCAGUUAGAAAGAGACUUAUCUGUGUUCCCCUGGCGUUUUAGGAGUUUUCGUUAUCACCCGGAGUUCAAAUAGACUCAUGCAGAGAGUGUCGGGGAAGCACAGUGUUGUGACCGUUACUCAAGUGUAACUGUGGCAGCAGGCCGGCGGCAGAGUUUUUAUUUUUUGGGAAAUUCCUUUUAAAUGUGUAGUAACCACGGUGAUCACUACAGGAAAAAUAGAAUUACAUGGGUUUCUGGCAUCAUGCCUGCUCUGUCUCUCUUUUUUUCUAACUUUCCAUUUCCUCCCUCUGCCUCUCCCUAUCGCACCCCGUGUUACCCUGUUUCACAACCACCUUUUUUUUUUGUGUUGCUGUGGUGACCAGCGCUCUUUGUUCUGUCCAUCAUAGAGCCCCUUGUUCUACUGCUGAUUAUUACAUCUUGUAAUGUCAGCCACCCACACUGGCCCUAGUUGUCAAUUAUCAGUACUGGAACAGGUUGCAUGACAUUUGUCAUUUUUACAGCUGGCUUUAAACCCAUCAAAUUACUUCAGGGAUGCAAAACUUAACAUUUAGAAGUCUGUAUGCGAGAGUGUGACUUAUUUGUCGCCCGCUAACAUGCCAUGCAGACACUUUCCAGCUCUAAUGUGUUUUGCUAUUUUUAUCUUUUUUUUCUCUAAUGUUUGCAAACUGUUCUCUGACCUUGGUAUUGAAACAAUGGAGUUGCAUUGGAAAAUGAGAGAUUAACGAAUUGAAAUCGGUAAGUAAAUGAAGGCAAGGCGAGCUUAUAUUGUGUAUUUCUUUUUUACGCAUAUCAAAGUGCUUAGCAGAAUGGGUAAAAUGCAUUGAAUACGAAA